UGCUCACACAGCCUCACACAGCCUGUGUGCUGGAUCGGAGAUAUGUGGUAACACAUCUUUACAGGGAAACAACUUUAGCACGACACCGGGCAGCCUGCAUCAAUCCAGGGACCUUUAACUGCUGUCACCCUGAGCUUUACAGGAAAACCUCUCCUAACCUCCCCAUACCAUCAAUGCCUGGAGAGCACCCUGACUGUGAACAGCUCCCACACUGCAAGGAGGGCAUCUAACAGCCUGUGAUAGCUUCUGGGUACUGCUUGAUCCACUGCAAGAAGAAGAAACUUCACCUCCCCCCCAGACUUGGAUAAAACCAGGGGGUUCUCCUGUCUUGAUUGACUGGGGCUUUGUGGUCUUGCCCCCCCUCACCCCCAACCCUCACCCCCUUUUCCUUCUUCUCUGCCCUCCUCACCUGCAAGGGGCAGCAGCUCUUCUGCACCUGUCUUCUUCUGCAUCCUUCCUAACCAUGAUCUUAAAGCCAAGUGCACUUCUCUGCUUCUACAGUGUAUGGGGUGUUCUUCUACAAGUGACUGCCGUGAAGAACAAAAGCAAAGCAAGCCAAGGGCAGUUUCCUGUCACGCACAAUGCUACAGUCAUUGAAGGAGGAACAGUAAACUUGACCUGCAGAGUUGAUCAAAAUGAUAACACCUCCCUCCAGUGGUCAAAUCCAGCUCAACAAACCCUGUACUUUGAUGACAAAAAAGCCCUGAGGGACAACAGGAUUGAACUGGUUCGAGCUUCCUGGCAUGAAUUGAGUAUCAGCGUCAGUGAUGUGUCUCUGUCAGAUGAAGGGCAGUACACUUGCUCCUUAUUUACUAUGCCUGUCAAAACUUCCAAGGCUUACCUAACAGUUCUCGGUGUCCCAGAAAAACCUCAUAUUUCUGGAUUUUCAUCUCCAAUUAUGGAAGGCGAAAUGAUUCAACUGACAUGUAAAACAUCAGGGAGCAAGCCAGCUGCUGAUAUCAGAUGGUUUAAAAAUGACCAAGAAAUUCAAGGUGUGAAAAAAUCUCAACAAAAAGACAGUAAUGGAAAGACAUAUACAGUGGUUAGCAUCCUGGAUUUCCGAGGGGACCGCAGAGAUGAUGGUGCUGUAAUACGAUGCCGAGUGGACCAUGAAUCUUUAAACUCCAACCCACACAUUGCAAUGCAGACGUUAGAAAUACAUUAUAUGCCCAUCGUAACGAUCCUUCCUUCAACGCCGCUUCCACAAGAAGGUCAGCCACUUACACUGACCUGCGAAUCUCGAGGAAAACCUCUGCCAGAGCCUGUAUUAUGGACAAAGGAUGGAGGAGAACUUCCUGACCCUGAGAGAAUGGUGGUCAAUGGUAGAGAAUUGACGAUAACAUUUUUAAACAAAACAGACAAUGGAACUUAUCGAUGUGAAGCAACAAAUUCUAUUGGCCAAAGCCAUGCGGAAUAUACAUUGGUAAUAAAUGAUGUUCCAAACACUUUAUUUCCAACCACAAACAUCCCCCUUUUCACCAUGGCAACAGUCACAGCCACUGUUGCUAUAACCACCUGUUCAACCACACCCGCCUUCUUCACUAAAGAUCCCAAUGCUUUGACUGGACCAGCAGCAACUGACCACGCACUAAUAGGAGGAAUAGUAGCAGUGGUUGUAUUUGUUACACUGUGUUCUAUUAUUCUUCUUGGACGAUACCUAGCAAGACAUAAAGGGACAUAUUUAACAAAUGAAGCUAAAGGAGCGGAAGAUGCCCCUGAUGCAGAUACAGCCAUUAUCAAUGCAGAAGGCAGCCAAGUUAACGCGGAGGAGAAGAAAGAAUAUUUCAUUUAAAUGCAAACCUGGUUACUCUAAAUGUUACUUAUCAGGCUGACUGCUGGAGAAUACUGGCUAUCAUCUUUCAGAAUUCAUUUUUUUACCAUCUUCCGCUAUAUUUUAUUAACUUCUGCUAUCAAUAGCCGGCUUGUGCCAACAUUCAGCUGUUGACAGCACCAUACUUUAAUUGCAAAUCAUAACAUGGGACUUUUCAUAUUGCUUAAAAAUCAUGCCCUUCCUUCCGUUAACAUUCAGUCAUACAGUGCUUGAAUAUACAGCCUUAACAAGUUUUUUCACUUUAACAAACCAUUUUAUUUUUUAUUUUUAUGUUUACACAAUGUACUUCCAGAUUGCCCUUUAAUCUCUAUUUAAUCUCCAGCACACCUACAUAUAUAAAUAUCCACCUAUGUAUAUGCAUAUGUAUUCACAUGUAUGCAUGUAUGCGGUGAGUCAUAAAGUCAAUACAAUUAGGUAUAGAAUUUAUUAAAUUCUUGACAAUAUUUUUAUUGAGUUUGACAUUUUCAUUUUCAAGCAAUGUUUUUAUACUUUGUACUGUCUAUUUGGUUGUUAAAUGCACACCACUCGAGAGGGACUAAAUUUAGUAGAUGAAUAAAAUGUGGCAUAGAUUCGGCAUUUAUGUUUUAACCGUUUGGCUGCCAGAGCGAUGUGCAAAAUAUGGCCCAGUGGAUCUUGCAUUCAAAUGGUUAACAUUUUAAACAUAGCAUUUAAGUAUUUUUUUUUUUUUUGUCGAUGGGGCUGAGCCAUGUAUAACAUUCCUAGUAGUCAAAUAUCAAAAAUAGGUUUAAAAAAAUGAUAUUAGAUGAAUUACAUUAAAGCCCAGGUUCAGUUUAAUGAAUUGGUUCUUCCUCUUGUAUGUUGUAGUUUAAAUAAAUCAUUUAUUUAACCAUUUUCUUUUACUUAGUGGACUGUAAUCUUAUUUAUCUGGUACCAGUGUCCAUAUUUAUUUUUUUUAUUUUGCCUAAGUGGAUUUAUUGUUGUUAAUUUCUAUUUUUGUUUUGUUUCUUAGACUUGUAGUUUUUAUUUUAUUUUUUAAUUAAAUAGUAUUCGGGCAUUGCAGGAGCAUAUUGUAUAUAGUACAUUUGUUAAAUCAACUUGAAUAUUAUUUGAUACAUAUUUAACUUUUUGGAUGUAAACAAGUCACAUGUACCCAUUUUCUAAUGCCCCUAAAUCUUUUUAGAUACAUACAAAUCCGGGAUUAUGUGUAGAUACUGUGUUUGAUUUUCUGUCUGUAUGUCCGAGCACUGUUCAGAAAAAAAAAAAAAAAACCUUUUUCUAGUUCAUCCUAUUUUUUAUCUGUUCUACAAUGGAAGCACAAUGUUAAAGGAAAGAUACUUUAAGCUAACAACCAGUGCAAAGCCUCAGGUUUUCAAUUUCAACCACAUUUGAGUAAUGCUCUAGAUGAUUGUUAUAUUGCUUAGAUUUAAACUUUUAUUUGACAGUUUUAACUAUUGUUUAUCAUUAUUGAUUUGCCAAAAACUGAUGAAAAAGUUAAAAAAAAAGCAUUACAACAAAGGAUACAUGUUUUAUGUAUAAACGAACUAAUUCUUUAUAUUAAAUUUCUGUCUAUGCAUUCUGUGAGGUUUAAACUAUGUCAUGGUAAAUAAAACUGAAUUUCUGAUACUCUUAACUUCACGGUACAAGUUACAGUGUCAAAUUGGUAUUAUUUACUUAACAGUGAUUUGUAUUGACUUGAGAACCAACUGUCAAAAUUUAGACUGGAAUAAGCUGUAUGAUAUUGUUACAUCAACUGAUUUAUUUUUUUCACAUUGAUUAUUUUAGUCUAAAUUUUGAUUCGCAUGUCACUGAAUCUCACUGCUUAGCAAAUAAAAACUGAUUUCUCCAUAUAUAAAUCAUUAAACAUUUCUGUGGAGUGUACUGAUCGCAAUUUCCUCAGCUAUUCAUAGACUGGAGAUUCUGGAAAUUCUCUUUUUCUGCAGACUAUAAUAAAUAUUAAAUUCCAUUUCUUGUCUUGAUUCCCAUGCCAGGAAAUGAGAAAUUCUUUAAAUCACACUUUUGCCUCAAUCUCCCGGGUAUUGGAUAUUUGAAUAGGAGAAUGCCAGAUUAGAGAUGUUUAAACACAUGGCAGCCUAUGAAGCUGAGAUUAUGUCUGUUUUUAAUUUUAGAAUAUGUGGAUCCAGAACAUAAAAAAAAAGAUAUCAAGACUCCGUCUUAGAACAUAUAUAUAUAAUACUAAUGAUAGUUUCUUUAAUAAUAACUGUGGAAGACUUUCAAGUUGUUUAUUCUGUAAUAUUUCAGAAAAAAAUAGUGAUGCCUAUAGAGCAACACGUUUUCAGAAUAUACCAAGUAUACAUAAUAUGAUAUGGUUGAGUGUUGACAUAAUAAAUCAUAUACAGUAUUACAUUUCAAAGAAGUAUGUCUUCAUUGAUGUGACUGCAUGCUUGGUUUUUUUAAAAUUCACUCUAACAUGUGAAAAAAAAUGCAAUAAUAUGUUAAAUAUAGUUACGAUGGCAAAAAGACAACAGAGGUACAGUAGCUGCUAAACUAGUAACAUGGUAUAGGAUUGCCAAAUAGAUCAUAUGUAUAUAUUUAUAUAUAUAUAUAUGGUUAAGAGACACAAUGAAACAAAAGGUCAAUUUAUUAACACAACUCAAGAACUACAGACAAGUUUGUGGCAUUUGAGCCACCUUUUUUACAAAAACCCUACAGUAUUUUUUUUUUCUAUUUUGUGAUUUCUGUGCUGUAAAACCAUAUCUUUCUUGAAGACACACAUCAUUUUAACCCUUUCAUUGGCAGAUGAAGUUGAACAUACUGUAAAAUAAUACAUGAAGUUUGAAUCCUUAGUGUUCUAGCGCUUUUCAGAACUACCAAGGGUUAGUCUUGGUGGCAAGUGAAGAUAAAUCAACAUUCUGUUUUUAGGGAUGCAGUGUUCUUCCGAGGCUAUGUUAAAAAAAAAAAUAUCUUCCAAGAUGUUAUAGGUGCAGCUGUGUAAUGAAAUUUUCUAUAAUACCAAAAAAAAAAAAAAUUUAAGAGAAUAAAACAUGAUGGGAUACCACAGAGCUCUUUGCAGGAGGCUGCAAUUCUUAAUAGAAGAUGUAUUUCAGUAAUCCUGAUUACUCAGUGCUUUAUAGUUACAUCCUUCAAACAGCCUUAUGUAUUAUUAUUUCUGGCUGUUGAUGAUAUAUAACAACUUAAACAUAUGCAGCAUUUGCACUGAAUUAUGGGAAUUUGUGUUUUGAAUCCAUUUCAUUCCAGUCAUUACUAGAAGAGCCUGAAAAGUUAUUAUAAUAACUUCCAGUUUUUUUUUCUAGAAAUGAUGUAGCUAUAUAUAAUUAUAUAGAUAUAUAUAUACAUAUAUAUAUAUAUAUAUUACUGUGUUUGUUUUAAAGUGCUAUAACACUGCAAACUUUGUGGAUCAUACAUUUUUGCUAAUACUAAGAUUAUAUUUGCAGACAAUUUACAAGGUCAUACAGAGAUUUGCAAUGUAAAAUUGUGUUUCCACAUAUAAAUAAUGGUUUUGUAAACGUUUGAACUGCAUGCUUGUGGAAAAUGUGGACUGUUAAGCACCAUCUGCUUUCCUUGAAUAAUAAUUCCAUAUAUAUUCGUUGCGUGCAUUUAUUUUUCUAAAUUAUUGUUGAUUCUUAAUAAGUAAAAUCAAUUUGAAAAAAAUAAUGGAUACAAAAAAUAAUUAAUGCUUUCUCAACUGGUGUUAAAGAUAGUCACCCCAUCAUCAGAAAUGGUUUAUGUUUUUUCACUGGCAUAAAAUAUCCACAUUAACCUAUAGCAUCUCCCCAAAAUUAAUACAAUUAAUAAUAAUGGAUAUACAUUGUGAACCCAUGUUUGUUUCAGAUAAUGUUACUUACUUUUAAUAUUUUGAAUAACAAAAGAACCAGACAUAAAUAGCGUUUUUUUCUUCCAGAAAGUGUAAAUUUACCAAUAUUUUGGAAAAAAUGCACUUGUAGAAUUCUCCGUCUAGUGUAUGUGAGCAAGGAUGGUCUUUCUGUUGCAUAUUUCUGCAAUUGUACAGUUUACAGUGUCCGUUGAUCAAUGUAAGGAGGAAUAUUUGAUGUUUCUUUUUGAAAGACUGAACUGUUUAUAAAUAAAAAUCAUGUCGCUGAAAUGUUGCUUCCUAUAAAUAUGUUUAUUGGUCAACAUUGAAUUCAGGAAUCAGCUAAAAGAACCUGCUGAGUAUCUUAAUCAAAAUGUGGGCUAGAUACAACAUAUUUUAAUAGAACUCUAUUAAAAAUCUUGCACUGAGGGUACAUCUCCUAUUCAUACCUGAAGCAAAAACAAAAUAAACUUUUUUUCUAAAUAUGAUAUGGAAUUUAACACCUCAUGUAUUUUCAUUUUAAUGUUCAAAUAAACACAAUCUCUCAAUGAAAAGGACCAUGUGUAAUUAUGUAAUUCACAAAUGUAAAGAAUGACGUUUACUCUGUACACACGUGCUAAUGCACGUCUUGUAGUUACAUGUUCUUCCAUGUAACAUAGCAGUUGUAGUGUUAGUGCCACUUAUCUGUUACCAAAAUGAAAAUAUCUGUACAUAUGCUUCUUUUUUCCCUGUUAAAGGUGAUAUUAGCAUCUCUCAUGUGAGACAUUUCUAUUUCUUCAAUAAAAAUCUAAUGAAGUACACUAACCUCUUAAA